AUGAACAACCCGUUCCUACCUCCUCCUCCGAAGAGCAUGUCCGAGAUGACGCCUGAAGAACAGGGCGAAGAGGGCGCCCGCCAAAUCAUGGCCUUUGUGUCCUCGUGUCCGGGCAAGGCGAUGCUAGCCGGUGGCAGUGGGUUUGUGCUUGGAGGUGUCUUUGGAUUCUUCAUGGCGUCGAUGUCGUACGACACGCCGCUUGGAAUCGGCCAGAUGGGCGGCGCCGCCGCCGCCCAGCAGCUCAGCUACCUCGACCUCCCGCUCAAGGAGCAGAUGAAGAUCCAGUUCAAGGACGUGUGGCAGCGGACCAAGAGCAGUGCCCGCAACUUCGGGUACAUCGGACUCAUCUUCAGCGGUGUGGAGUGCUGCAUCGAGGGACUGCGGGGCCGCUCGGACCUCUACAACGGUGCUGCGGCCGGAUGCAUCACCGGCGGCGGGUUGGCCCUCAAGAGCGGGCCCGAGGCCGUCGUCAUUGGCUGUGCGGGCUUCGCCGCCUUCUCCACAGCCAUCGACAUGUACAUGCGGAGCGAGAACGGUGCUCCGCCGGCAAACGACUACAACGACUGA